UUUAGAAGAAAUAAUGCCCCUUGAACCAGAUUUCAUUGUUCCAGUCAAGGGUUCAAUCAAAAACCUCCAGACAGAACUUGGAUUUCUAAUCAGCUUUCUUGGAGAUGCACCGUUACCCAUUGAGUUGGACGCAACCAAGAAUAUAUUGUCAGAUAUCGAAGUUGUUGUCAACGAGGCUGGAAAUUUCUUAUAUUCAAUAUUCUCAGCAAGUGAUGAUAGAGUCCUGACGACUGGACGAUUGAGUCUUUCUCUUUCUGAUUUCUCACAAAAGUUUGAGCUCUUGAAAACAAAGAUCAAGGAGCACUGCAUCACAGUCUCAAAGUUGCUAGGUUGUGUCGCUACAAAGCGUAGUGUGGUUUCGUUCUUCACUGUGGAUUCUCUCCUAGAUGAUCUCGAGUACUUGAUCAAUUAUAAGGCUGAAAGGAUUGUCCCAGUGAAGGAUCAAAUCAUAAUGCUCUACGAGGAGCUAUCGUUGUUGAGAUCCACCCUCAAUUAUAUAGUUGUGGCACGGCACUUACAACUUGAGGAACUUGCGAUGAAAACCAGAGACUUAUAUUAUAUGAAAUUUCAUAUGUUAUCAACUCAAUUACUCCUGUCUGGUAUCUCACCCCCAGGCUUUCUCAACUCCUGGAGAAGAUUCAUCUUGUUAAGAUGGCAAUACAAAAACGAGGAGCAGUAAUAUUGACGCUGGAAUACCCGAAGAACGAUAUCCAUGUGAGCAAGUACAGCCUCAAGCUAAAGAACUUGACAAUUUGGACGACGAUUUUGUCGGUUUCAAGGAUGAGAAAACCAAAAUUGCUGAUCAACUCACCAGUGGACCACUAAAGCAACAAAUUAUUUCCAUUGUUGGAAUGCCUGGACUUGGUAAGAAUACUUUAGCAAAGAAAUUGUUCAAUGAUCCUUCCAUUGUCUAUUAUUUCGACAAAUGUGCGUGGUGUGUGGUUUCUCAAACAUAUAAGAAGAAAAAUGUAUUGAUUGACAUUUUGACAUCGACAAGAAACCAUAAUAGAGAAACAAUCACAGAAAUGGAGGAAGAAAAUUUGGCUGAAAUGCUUUACAAAAGUUUAAAAGGAAUGAGAUACCUCCUUGUCAUGGAUGAUGUAUGGGACAUGAAACCAUGGGACGAUUUGAAAAGAUAUUUUCCAGAUGAUAGAACAGGAAGUAGAAUCUUAUUCACAUCUCGAAACAGAGAAUUAGGCUUCAGUGAUGUUGUUAAUGAACUUCCUUUCCUAUCAGAUGCUGAAUGUUGGGAAUUAUUACGGCGGAAAGUGUUCCAAGGAGAACCUUGCCCUCCAGAAUUUCUAGAGAUUGGUAAGCAUAUUGCCGCAAAAUGUCGUGGUGUACCUCUGUCAGUCAUUACGAUAUCUUCCAUUCUUGCAAAUAUGCAGAAGAAAGAGAGCUCAUGGGGAAAAAUAGCGGGGCAUUUAAAUGAACACAUAUUUGACAGCACAAAUAAUUGCAUCGACAUACUGAAACUUAGUUACCAACAUUUACCAGUUCAUCUGAAACCUUGUUUUCUAUACUUUGGAGCAUUUGAAGAAGACGAAGUAAUGCCGGUACGGAAGUUGAUAUCUCUAUGGGUUGCUGCAGGGUUUAUAAACAAAGAAAACAACAGGAGCUCAGAGGAUGUGGCACACUAUUAUCUAAUGGAUCUAAUUAAUAGGGGUCUGGUACUAGUUGCUGAAGAAAGAUCAAAUGGUGGAGCCAAAAUUUGCAUGAUUCAUGAUCUAUUGCAUGAGAUAUGCUUGAGGAUAGCUAAAGAAGAAAACUUUACGGGAGGGAUUGAAACCGGGUAUUCGAAAUAUAAGAAAGAUAAGAGUAUCUUGGAAAUGCGGCGUCUUUGUUUCCCAAGACCAUUUGAUCCAUAUGUUCACUCUCAGUUAGGCUGCAGGGUCAUGGAUUCGUCAGGGCAAUAUUUUUCUUAUUUUGAAGAUGUAAGUGUAGGAAUUGAAAACAUGGUUCACUUGAGGUACUUGGCAGUUCGACAAAAACUUAAAUUGCCAUUAAUAGAAAAACUCCACAGACUAGAAUAUCUUCACGUGAAGAACAGAGAUGAAGUUGAAAUACCUGAUUUUGUUCUUAACAUGAAGCAUUUGAAACGUCUGCAUUUUGGAGGUGGUGCACGCUUCAGUGAAUCUUCUCAUUUAAGAGCAACUACGGAUGGGAGCUUCCAAAUAAAUAACCUCCAAUCUAUUUCUCUACUUUUGAUUUGUAAUAAAAUGGAUGCAAAAGUUUUGGGAUGUGCUCCCAAUCUCCGCAAAUUGAAAUGCAAGUUUGUGUCUCAAUGUCCUUUCCAAUUCCUCGAUCAACUCGAAUCUCUCAACAUCAGUUUUAUGAGAGAUUCAGGUCCUGAUUUUCCCUUGAAUCUCAAAAAAUUGACCCUAUUGUAUAUUGAUUUGUCGUGGGAAAAAAUUCGGAUGAUUGGAAGAUUGCCGAACUUAGAGAUUCUCAAAUUACGUAGUGGUUUCUUCAAGGAAAAGCAAUGGGACACAGAAGAAGGUGAAUUCCAAAAACUCAAAUUCUUCGAGCUAAGUAGUGUGAGAAUUGCAAGCCAGUAUGCCUGUGCAGAAUGGAAUCCCACAAGUGAUGAUUACCCCAAACUAGAACGAUUAGUGUUGCGAAAUUGCUACUGUUUGAAUAAGAUCCCUUCCAGUUUAGGUUAUAUUUCGACCUUACAGAUGAUUAAGGUACAUCGGAGCUCAGAAUCUAUCGCAAACUCUGCUAUGGAUAUUCUGAAAGAACAAAGAGAAGAUAUGGGAAAUGAAGAGCUUAAAGUAGUCAUCACUCGAGAUUCAAUAGGGUAAACAGAGGCUACAAAGCAUGAGUUUUGCUGGUAUACUACAACUCUGUCUCUUUCCUUCGAUUUACUAAGGCUUUGUGACUCGUUUAUUGUGCAUGGAAUAAAAAGAAACGUCGAAAGACUUUUAACGCUAUUUCAUCUUUUCUUGAUUUAAGAUGCCAACUAUAUUUAUGAAUUUGUGAAGCAGCCACGAGUUAUCAGAACUUGGUACAUUCAAUUAUUCACGGGUUCAAACGUUAUCUUCUAGUUUAUUUAUGAAUUAUGCCUUUUAAUUUAGUUUGAGAAUUGUGAUGUCGUUCAUUUUGUUGACAUUUCCCUUUGAACCUCCUGAAAAUGUGUUUAAAUGAAGAAAAUGUGAGUCAUUGUAAAGAGUUUGGAUUUGUCCAGUUCUUUUGGAUCCCAAAUCGAUAUUUUUUGGAAUCAACAAGUAUUUGAUCGAUUGAUUUGGGCAUACUUCCAUCUUCUUUGGUUUUUAUACUGUUUAAAUCAAUUGUGAUACAGGGAAUGCUACGAAGUCUUUAGCAAACUCUCGAAAGGAAUCAUAUCAUACCACCUUUCCCUAAAAACCUGUGCAACGAUGGCCGAUUCCUCACCAAUUACCUUGGUACAGGGACUAUAUGCAUCUUCCAACUUUACAUUUUUUUAUUAUUACCUUUUUAUAAUUGUAUCUCUUAUUAUUGUGCCCUUUUUCUUUUUCCUCGUUUAUACAUGCAUUAGGUGGGUUACUUUCUGUGAGUUGGAUAGUUUGUAAUAUUACUGAGUUCUAACU